ACUCGGACAAAUGUGCGACUUGUUUUGCUCUGUGUGUGUUCGUCGUGCAACGUUUCGCGCGAUGCUUAAAACUGGUGACCCACGUUGGGUCUGAUUUAGUCGUUAACGCGCGGCCAACACGAUCACAUCGCCAGAGAGAGAUCGCACACACAACAUCAGACAUCGCAGACAACCCAGACAACCCAGACAAGCCAACCAACCCACCAGCAACUAUAAUACAUGAUCAUAUAAUAGGUGUGCGGCAUCGUUGUCGUCUGUCGAGGGUUCUCUCUCUCUCUGUCUCUCUUUUGAUUUAGAUUUUGUGUGGUGUUUUUCGGUGAAUUGUGGUUGUGCCACCGCCAGUGAACGUCUCCGUCUCCGUGCAACAGCAAACAGCAAAAUUUCGUCAAGUGCCCUUGGCUGGCUGGCAGAAAAAAAAUAAAAUAAAGGUGUCGCUCAGUAAUUGGGUAUUGCGAAAGUCGAUAGUUUGCAAGUGUUUCGAAUCGCAGCUUUCGCAUAUAGUACAUAUGCCAAGUGAAGUUGCCGCUGCUCCACAUCUUCCCCAGUUACACAAGAGAUUCCGAUUCCUCCAUCAGCCGAACAGCUGCUGCAGCACAGUCGCGCCAUGAGUAAGAAUGGACACAGUAAUGCCGGCUUUGUCGGCGAUCAUGCGGACAGCGUACAGAAGCCGACGGGCAAGUCCUACUCCCUGGAGCUGGCCGAGAAGGGUGGCACUCACAGCAACAGCAGCACGAACAAGGCCAUAGUGGCCAAGGAUCCCGAUUACAAUCCCUACCAGAAUCGUGAUGUCGAGCAUCCCACAACCAAUUCGGAAACGUUGUUCCAUCUGCUUAAGGGCUCUCUGGGCACUGGCAUUCUGGCCAUGCCGAAUGCCUUCCGCAACUCUGGCUACAUUACGGGCUCCAUUGGCACCAUUGUGAUUGGAUUUAUCUGCACGUACUGCAUCCAUCAGUUGGUCAAAGCGGAGUACGAGCUGUGCCGUAGGAAGAAGAUUCCCAGCAUGAACUAUCCUGCCGUGGCGGAGACUGCUUUGGGCGAGGGUCCUGGCUUCUUCAGAGCCUGUGCCCCCUACAUUGGCACUGUGGUAAACACCUUCCUGUUGAUCUACCAGCUGGGCACCUGCUGCGUGUACGUGGUGUUUGUCGCUUCGAACAUCAAGGCCAUUGUGGAUGCCGUCGGUGACACGAACGUCGAUGUGCGCCUCUGCAUGAUCAUCAUUCUGCUGCCGCUGAUUCUCAUCAAUUGGGUGCGCAACCUCAAGUAUUUGGCGCCAUUCUCCACGCUGGCCAAUGCCAUUACGAUGGUCUCCUUUGGCAUCAUCUGCUACUACAUCUUCCGCGAGCCCGUCUCCACCGAGGGCAAGGAUGCCUUCGGCAAGCCCGAGAACUUUCCGCUCUUCUUCGGCACCGUUCUGUUCGCCCUGGAGGCCAUCGGUGUCAUCCUGCCGCUGGAGAAUGAGAUGAAGACACCGCAAAAGUUUGGCGGCAACUGUGGCGUUCUCAACGUCUCCAUGAUCCUCAUUGUGUUCCUCUACGUGGGCAUGGGUCUAUUUGGCUAUCUCAACUAUGGCAACUCCGUGCUGGGUUCCAUAACGCUGAAUAUGCCAGAGCAUGAGCUCCUGUCGCAGUGCGUGAAGGGUAUGCUGGCAUUUGCCAUCUACAUUACCCAUGGCCUGGCCUGCUAUGUGGCCAUUGACAUCACCUGGAACGACUAUGUGGCCAAGCGGCUGGGUCCGCAGCGCAACAAGCUCUUCUGGGAGUACGCAGUCCGCACGAUUCUUGUCCUGAUGACUUUCCUGCUGGCUGUGGCCAUACCCAAUCUGGAGCUGUUCAUCUCACUGUUUGGUGCCCUGUGCCUGUCCGCCCUGGGCCUGGCCUUCCCGGCCCUCAUCCAGAUUUGCACGCACUGGUACGAGACCAAGGGUCUGCGCAAGGUCUGGCUUUUGUUGAGUAACUUUGUGCUGAUCAUUGUGGGCAUUCUGGGACUUGUGAUCGGCACUUACACCUCACUGAGGGAGAUCGUUCUGACCUUCACCGAGUAGUAGCGAGGCAGUAGUAGCAUUCAGUUCUAUAGUAAUCCGCCAGCUGGCAUUCCAAUUCAAGCGAAAGUAUUAUGAGCAAACGAAGGAUAUCGAAAUCGGUAGACAAUCGCAUUCGCAGCAGCACAAAUGACAAGAGGGAUCUGCAGAAGCAGUUGCCAAAGCAGUUGCAAUUGCAGAUACAAAUCCAGAUAAGAUCUGCUCUAUUUUGUACAAUGUGUAAACUUCUAAUCUGAUCUUCCAUCUAUUCUAUCUAGCAUUAGAUAGCAAUUCGCUAAAAGUUUAUCAGAUUUGUGAUAUUUUUAAGCAUUGUGCCCAAAAAAAAAAAAAAAAAAACCUGUACAACCCAA